AUGUUCAUUGAAGCCACCAACGCUGAUGGCUCCCGCACCUGUGCCUAUGGUGGGUGUGUGGCUCGCAUCUUGCAUCUUUCAUCUCUCAUCUUUGAGUCAACUCAAAAAUCGACUUCACCUGCGUGCGUGGUGGGGGGCAGCACCAACGGCUGCCUCUGCACCGACUCCCAGUUCAUUAAAUCCACUCGCCUCACGGCUCCCACACCUGUGCCUCUGGUACCUUCUCGUUCUCUUGUGCUUCAAGUACCUUCUCGUUCUCCUAUGCUCCAGGUACCUUCUCGUUCUCCGGUAGGCGACACUCGCUCACAGUAUACGAUCCGGGCGCCCAGAAUCUUUUGCUUAGACAUCUACCCUCUCUACGGCCUCACCCGUGACAAUUUCACCUCGCUCAAUCCCACUGUGAACUGCAUUGAGCCCCUACCCGUAGGCCUGGUGCUCACUGUCAUGCCCAAGCCAGGACUCACCCCCUGCACCGUCUACUACACCACUGUCCAGGCCGGCACACAGGUGCUGCCCACCCAGGCGGUGUGUGUGGAGCGGUGGGCAGGGGCAUGGAGGGGGCAGGUGAUCUCGGUGUGCUCGCAGUACUAUCUAGUGCAGAGCGGUGAGAUGUGCGAGGCCAUCCGCGCUGUGCCCUCCCCGCCGCUCUCCCCGCUCGACCUCUUCCGCCUCAACCCCGGCAUCAAGUGCAGCCGCCUCGUGCCGAAUACUGCUGGCCUGGACUUGCACACGGGCUUUGAGUGCUGGCGCUGGGCGCUGGCGUCGCGCUGGCGAUUGCGCCCGCCGUUGGCGCUAGCGCUGGCGCCCGCCGUCGGCGCUGGCGACCGCCGUUGGCGCUGGCGCCCGCCGUUGGCGCUGGCGCCCGCCGUUGGCGCUUGCGCCCGCCGUUGGCGCUUGCGCUGGCGCCCGCCGUCACCUCGCUGGCACGCUCGCCACUGGGAGAGCGUGACGGGGCAGGUGAAAGGGGGCGGCGCGACGGGUGCUGCAAAGGGAGAGGAUUUCGAGCCAGCAGCGGAUUUCGCGCUACUAGCAGCCAUGCCAGCAGCACAAUAA